UUUCAGCGGAACGCAAGCGGAUGACGGGAUUGACGUCACAUCCGGCCAGGAAGUGGCAGCAGCUUGAGCUCCGUGCUGCCGGAGCAUCAAGGUGAGCGCGGUGUGAUCCACGCGGGGGGAGUCGGAGGAGGGAAACAUGUGGAAGGCGGUCCAGCUGGCGGUCCGCCGGGUUGGAGGUGCUUGGAGGUCGGGUCCUGGCUCAGAGGCCCGGCAGAUGUGCAGCGGAGCUGGGAGGAAGACCGGGAGCUGGACUUCAGAUCCGGACCGCGAGGAGGAGUUCGUGUUUGUAGAAUAUUCAGAUCCAGAGGAGGGCCAACACCUCCAUCCUGAGCUCCUGAGCCUCUCCACCUCCGGUGCUCCUCCUCGGGUUCCUCCUCGGGUUCCUCGUCCCCAGGUUCCUCCUCAGAGACAUCUGAGAUCUCUGGAGCAUCAGCUGACGGUGCUCAGGGGCGUCUCCCAGGGGGAGGCGGAGCCUGACUCUCUGAUCCAGUUUGAGGACGUGGGCUUCCCUCUGGACUCGAGCGGGGUCUCUUCACAGAAAAGGAAGAAGAAGACGGCAGGUGAGCACAGAGUGUUUGGCACCCCGGACGUGGACCAGCCGGUCAGCGACACCUGCUGCUCGGGCUGCGGCGCCGUCCUACACUGCACAGCUGCCGCCGUCCCGGGAUACCUGCCCAGCGAGAAGUUCAAGGUUCUGCUGCAGGAGGAGCGUCUGAGUAGCGCCACUUGCCAGCGCUGCCACCUGCUGACCCACCAUCGCCAGGCCCUGAGCCUCCACAUGACCUCGGACCAGUACCGGGCCGUGGUGCGCCGGAUCCGCCCCCACACAGCUUUGGUGCUGCUCGUGGUAGACCUCCUGGAUCUCCCCGACUCAAUCGUCCCGGACUUGCCAGACCUGGUGGGGUCCAACAAGCACGUAGUCGUCCUGGGCAACAAGAUCGACCUGCUGCCUGCAGACUCGCCAAACUACCUGCAGCGAAUCAAGCGGCAGCUCUCCGGGUACUGCCGGGACGCCGGCUUUGGGGACCAGGUGACUGACGUCCACCUGAUCAGCGCCAAGACGGGGUACGGCGUGGAGGGCCUGAUCUCUGCUCUGCAGAGGUCCUGGAAGUACAAAGGGGACGUGUACCUGGUGGGCAGCGCCAACGCGGGCAAGUCCACCCUCUUCAACACGCUGCUGGAGUCCGACUACUGCAAGUCCAAAGCUUCGGACCUGGUCUACAAGGCCACCAUCUCCCCGUGGCCCGGGACAACUCUAGACCUGCUGAAGUUUCCAAUCAGCAACCCAACUCCCUACAGGAUGUUCAGACGGGAGGAGAGACUGAAGGAGGCGGCCGGACAGGAGGAGGCGGAGCUGUCCCACGAGGAGCUGAGGAGACUGAGACACUUUAGCAAGCAGGGCUACCUAGUGGGUCGUGUUGGCAGAACCUUCCGGUCUAACAGCAGCACCCGGUCCGAUGAGAUAAAGUUCGAUCCCGACAGUUUGGCUUUUGGAGAGAAUGACGAUGGAGACAUGAGAAGCUCAACAGCUCCCAGCGCUGAUGAGUUCUCCUUCAACGAGCUGAAAGAUGCUCACUGGCUGUUUGACACACCUGGAAUCCUGAAGGACCAUGACGUGCUCGGCCUCCUGACUGAACAGGAAGUGAUGUCAGUGGUUCCUGCUCAGGCUUUGGUUCCCAGGACCUUUGUGUUGAAGCCCGGUAUGAGUCUGUUACUGGGAGCUCUGGCCAGGAUCGACUUCCUGGAGGGGGGGCGGUCCUGCUGGUUCUCGGUCCUGGCCUCCAGUCGGGUCCCGGUUCACAUCACCAGUGUGGAGAAAGCUGACGGCGUCUAUGAGAAGCAUGCGGGACACGAGCUGCUAGGGGUUCCUCAGGGGGGGUCGGAGCGCAUGAAGCAGUUUCCUGCGUUGGUUUCUCAGGAGUUUAGGUUGGAGGGGGGGGGCUACCUGGAGGCUGCUGCUGAUGUCAAACUGUCUUCUGCAGGCUGGGUUGCCGUGACGGCGGCAGUAGGUGACCAGGUGUUGUUGAGGGUCUUGGGUCCUCCAGCAGUAGGUAUCUGUGUGAGGACCCCCCCUCUUCUUCCUCACAUUGUGACCCUGAAGGGAGAGCGGGUCAGGAAGUCCUCGGCCUACAAACCCACCAAGGCUCAGGGUCUACUGGACGGAGGCCUGUCCGCCCACGGAGCCCAGAGGCUGCAGCUCAAGAAGAAGAAGAAGAAGUGAGCCGGGUAGGAGGAACCCGUUUCCAUGGUGACGGCUGCUUCCUCCUCAGGCAGCAAAUGUUUCGGAUUGACUUGUAUGGCGUCCACCUCCUCAAAUGCAUCUGGAGGAGUGAGGAGGUUAUCUAGGAGUUAGGAUUCAGGAAACACUGUGAGGAAUAAGAGUCCCACAUCUGGAUGAAGCCAUUACCGUGCUCAGAUGUUCCUUUUCAUUCCAUAAUUCUUUAAUAACGGUGUUGCCCCUCAAUGUUUUAAACAAAAGUGAAAAGCCUUCAAAUUAUUACAUCAAUAAAUAAUAAUUUGCCAUCAACGCCAA